AUGACCAUGAUCACCUUGGAAUACGAAGUUGAAUUUUUGACCAACAACGGCACAGCCAUCUUAACCAGUGCCAAUAAAGUCCUUCCUGUGAACAAUACUGGUCAUUCUCUCAUCAAACAAUUUGAUUUGAAAAUUAAUAACGAACCUGUUGGAGAAACGUCAGAAUCGUAUCAUUUGAAAGCCUAUUUUGCUCGACUUCUCAACCAUUCCGMUGAAGAAAAAACGACUUGGUUAACUUCGGAAGGAUGGGCUACCGACACCCCUGGUAAAUUUGACGACACCGACCCUCAUCUAGCCCCCAUUCCAGACUUGGCCAACAAUGAAGCCGGCACCAUUACUACAGCGCUCAAUGCCCUUCACAACCGCCCCAGGCCUAAUGCAGGAGCUUCGGCUCGACAUAAACUCUGCAUUGCCGCAAAUCCCCUGUACUCAAAAUUCGUCAUGUGGAAGCUCAACCUGAGCUGCAUUUGUAUAAUGAAACCUCCAGCUCAACCUGAGCUGCAUUUGUAUAAUGAAACCUCCAUGUUAAACCACAAAAAAAUGGCUGUUUAUCCUUGUAUGUCGUCACACAUUGCCACCCACACCAUCGUCGAUGGACGUCGAAAGACAAGUUUUAAAAACGUAUGGCAAGGCUUUCGACCCAAUUACAUGUUUAUAGGGUUUCCAGAAGGAGCAGCAUUUACAGGAGCCUACGAUAAAAACGUAUUUAAUUUUAAAGACAUGCAUCAAGAAAUGGUACGAGUCACGUUGGAUGGUCAAGAAAUUCCCAUGGAACGCAUCUUUUUAAACUCGUUUGACAAAGUGGAAGGAUAUGAAACUCUUUCCAGCUUCUCAGGAAACAUGAAAGAAUCCGCCUCUAUAGGUAUUUCUYGAAGCGACUWUAAAGACGRAAACUACUUGCUGGCCUUUAACUUCAAUCCUGAUGGUCGCCAGAAUCACGGGUAUAAUUAUGGACGCAACCUGGGAAUCGUAAACAUUGAUGUGGAUUUUGACCAAGAUACUACUGGAAGCACGACCCUUGUCGCCUACGGAGAAUUUGAAAACGCUCUAUGGAUUGAUGGAAAUAAGAAUGUUAGCAUGAAAUACAGCUACUAA